AUGGCUAAACAUAACAAUCCAAUUGAAGAAAAUAAUGUUUUAAUGGCCAAUGGCGUUAAAAGUGUAGAAGGAAAAAGUGGAUUUUCAAGUUUUCUAUACAAUAAGCAUGCUGGGACAUUCUGUGGUCGUACACCAAAAUCAUGGGUUCAAAUUACUAUCUUUUAUGUUAUAUUUUACUCCUUACUAGCCGCCUUUUGGCUUGCUUGUCUUAAAGCUUUCCUUAAUACUCUUGAUCCAAAAGUACCUCGAUUUUAUGGUAAAGGAACCAUUAUUGGAAACAAUCCAGGAGUUGGUUAUCAACCAUGGAUUAAGGAAAAUUCAGAAUCAACAUUAGUUAAGUUUGAUUAUAGAGAUCCAAACUCAUAUAAAAAAUACACUGAUGUACUUGAAAAAUACCUUGGAAAAUAUAGCAACAUUACCGGUACUCGUAAUUGUGGUCCAAACGACUCAAAUUCUCAACUUAUCGAUGCCGACAAUCAUAAAGGUGCUUGUAGAUUUGAUCUCAGCGUUUUUGAGAAACAUGGAUGCUCAAAAGAAAACGAUUAUGGAUUUAAGGAGGGAAAACCAUGUAUUAUUCUUUCUUUAAAUAGGCUUAUUGGGUGGAAACCAGAAAAUUAUGAUGACAGUGAAGUCCCAUCUGAAGUUCGAGGACGCUAUAAAAAAGGAAAUAUUGCUUUUCAUUGUGACGGAACCGCUGCUAGUGAUAAAGAAAAUCUUGGAAAGGUUUCAUACAUUCCAGAAUCCGGAAUUGACGGAAAAUUCUACCCAUAUGCUUUCAUUGAUAAUUACCAUCAACCAAUUGCUAUGGUUAAAUUUGAAAACCUCCCAGACAACAGACUUGUAAUGAUUGAAUGCCGUGCCUAUGCCAAAAACAUUGAACACGAUUUUGAAACUCGCCUUGGUCUCGUACACGUUGAAUUGUUCAAGGAAACAGACGCCGCUGAUGCUCGGUAG